AUAUUCUGUACGUAAUAAGUUGAAAUCACUUGUUUUCAUCCAUUCAAAUCUGUGAUUACUUAUAUGAGGGUAAUGUUGUUAUCUAAAACAAAACUUAGUUUUUAUGUUCGGUCAAGUUCGUGUAUGUAUACGUGAAAUUCCCAUAAAUUCGACGUGACUUUAACAUUAUUUUAGAGACAACAGAAGUUUAAAUAGUUUGAAUCAAUUCAUGAUAAACAAAUCAAGAUAACAAACAAAAACUGAGGGAAUCACACGAACUCCAAACGGAUUGAGACCGGAAACGUCCACACAAACCUUCAAUUCAAUGAAAAUACUGGUAAAGAUUGAUACGAAAUCAGCAUUGCUACUGAGAAAUUCCUACUAGAAACUAAGUUUCACGUGACAAAACUACCCGAGUGUGAAAUACAUGGUACCACAGAUUUUGCUUAAACAGCGUUUUUCAAAUCCCAUCUCUCCAGGUAUGACAUAAGUCUCGAUGCAAAUUAUAUGAAGUAUAACUUAGUAUCUUAAGACUUUUAAGAGAGUCGUUUCACAUGGAAACGCACGUACACAUCUUACCUUUUACCUUACAUAACCUGUUUUAUGAUUUAACCAAAUCAAUGUAUAUUUACCUUUCGCAUAAUAAGAUAACUUCCUCGUAAAUUUUGACAUUGAAGGACUGUUAAACAAUAAGUUUGAUCAUUCGGGAGACUGUCAAGCAGAGUUCUGACAUCCAAAACAAUUUUCAGGAACGGAAAAGAUAUCACUGAAAACAAUGUCGUGCUGUACCAAACUUCUGGGGAAAAUCCAAGCCAAACAGAUAGAAGUAGAUGAUCUUGGAAAAGCAAAACAGUUUAGAUUAUUCAGUAUUGCUCGUCCUCAUAUGCGAAGCUUCCAUUCCUCAUGGUUCUGUUUCUUUGUCGCUUUCACUUCAUGGUUUGGCAUUCAACCAUUACUCCCCACAAUAAGAAAAGAACUAGAACUAUCCAAAACAGAUCUUGCUAACUCUGGCAUUGCUAGUGUUGCCGCUACAAUCGCAGUUCGAGUUAUUAUUGGACCAAUAUGUGACAAGUUUGGACCUCGAAAAACAAUGUGUUGCCUACUGAUAACUGGUGCAAUACCAAUGGCACUAGCAGGCUUAAUAAAAACUGGCACGGGUCUUAUUGUAUUACGAUUAUUCGUUGGAAUAUUGGGUGGAACUUUUGUUCCUUGUCAAUUCUGGACUUCAGCCAUGUACAAUUCGAAGAUUGUUGGAACAGCUAAUGCCAUUGCUGGUGGGUGGGGUAAUCUAGGGGGUGGAUUUACUUUCAUUCUGAUGCCAGGAUUAUUUCAGUUAAUGAAAGUAAUAGGAGCAGACGAAUUUCUGGCAUGGAAAUUAGCAGUCGUCGUUCCUUCAGUAAUUUGUGUAUUAACAGGCAUUUCUAUAAUUUUCACAUCUGAUGAUUGUCCACAAGGACAUUGGAACAAUCGGCUACUUCCUAUAGCAUCAAAAUGUCCUACAGUCAAAACAACGCAAAAGCAAGGUGUCGCCAACCAAGGAUUCGAACACAUCUCAGAUAAAGACGGAAAUGCAAAUAAAGCUGUAAAUGAAACUAAUGUUGACGGAAGAAAAUUUGAACCUUCAUCAUCGGAGAUAGAGACUAACAAAGACAAACACCUACCUAGUCAAAGUAACACGUUUUGGUCUGUAAUUACUAUAUUGGUUUUGGUGAUGCAGUAUGGAAUGUGUUUUGGAGUAGAAAUUGCUGUCAAUACCGUUAUGAACCUAUAUUUCCUGUACAACUUUAAAGAGGAGGGUUGUAUAGAACAGAGCAAUUCAUUCUCUAACAUUACAAUCACAACAAUGACAAGUGAAGUUAAAGAGGCGGACAAAAAUGAAUGUAGUAUCCUUGAUCAAGAUACUGCAAGUUUGAUUGCAUCUUUGUUUGGUUUAAUGAAUCUCUUUGCUAGGGCCAUUGGAGGAAUAUAUUCAGAUAUUAUGAGACAAUAUUUAGGUAUUGCAGGGCGUCUUGUUGCUCAUUUUACCUGCUUAGUAGGUGAAGGUAUAAUGUUGAUAUUAUUUAGUCAGAUGUCUACUAUAUCAACUUCCAUUGCUGUCAUGAUAUUUUUCAGUAUUUUUGUCCAGAUGUCAGAAGGAACAACAUUUGCUAUCGUACCUUAUGUCCUCCCUUUUCACGUAGGAAUUGUUGCGGGGUUUGUUGGAGCAGGAGGAAAUGCAGGAGCUCUUGUAUGGAAUACAAUGUGGCGUCAGUUUGUUGAAAAAAAUCCAAGUCAUUGGUUUUGGUUUUUGGGCAUUAUAGUUUUGUCUGGAAGUGUGCUGACGUUUUUAAUCGAAGUUCAGGAAAAACGAAUUUGGAAUGCAUUUUUGUGUUUUAAACAUAAGAAAAGAAAGUACACCAUAUAAAUCUUAAAUAAGCCUGCCUCUGUUGAAUAGACAACAAUUGAUAGGUAAUUGAUUUGAUAUCCUCAAGAGAAACAAAAUGCAUUUUUUUAGAAAUUGUCCUGCUUUGGACAGGUAUAAUUCUAUCUAUUAAAUGUUUUUUUCGCAUUUCCAUGUAUUUAUUUCAUAGUUUUAUAUGAUAUAUCCCGAUUAAAAUUUCACGUUUGAGAGAGAAAGUAUGUUUCGUUGUUUUAAUGAUAAAGACAGAAAUAUCUUUUUAUUAGAUAAAAUGUAUAAACCAAAACAAACAUUUUCAGGAUACGCAACAUAAGACAACAAUAACAUCAUCUGUACCAAUUCUACUGUACCAGAUGCGCAUUUCCACAAUUAAUAUUUCUUC